UAAUAAUUAUAAAUAAAUAAAUAUAAUAAAAUCAUGUAUUCUAUUUGCAAGACCAUACACCCGGCAACUGGAGUCGAGCACUCGAUCACGUGUAAUUUUUUCAAUCGGUCAGAAAAAUGCCUCGUGGUAGCCGGUGCGAAUGUGAUCAGAGUAUUCAAACUGAUACCGGACAUCGAUCCUGUGAAAAAGGAUAAAAUAUAUGAAACUCGAGCACCAAAAAUGAAACUGGAAUGUUUGGCCCAGUAUACUCUUAAUGGGAAUAUCAUGUCACUGCAGGCCGUAACACUAAUGGGGUCACAACGUGACUCUUUGCUUCUGAGUACCCGUGACGCGAAGCUGUCAAUAGUAGAAUACGAUCCUGAAACCCAUGAUCUACGUACGGUAUCGCUCCACUACUUUGAAGAAGAAGAAAUGAGAGACGGGUGGACAAAUCAUCACCAUAUACCCAUGGUCCGGGUUGAUCCUGAAGGUAGAUGUGCUGUCAUGUUGGUGUACGGUAGGAAAUUAGUCGUCUUGCCGUUCAGAAAAGACCCAACACUUGAUGACGGCGAUUUACUGGAGAAUUCUAAAGUAAAUGCUGCCAGUAAAACACCUAUUCUUUCAUCUUACAUGAUCGUUUUGAAGACUCUUGAUGAAAAAAUAGACAAUAUCAUUGAUUUACAAUUUCUUCAUGGGUAUUAUGAACCCACGCUGCUGAUGCUGUAUGAGCCAGUAAGAACUUUUGCUGGAAGAAUUGCAGUAAGACAAGACACGUGUGCGAUGGUCGCAAUAUCCCUAAACAUUCAGGAAAAAGUUCAUCCAGUUAUUUGGUCUGUUUGUAAUUUACCUUUUGAUUGUUGUCAGGCUGUUCCUGUGAAGAAACCUCUCGGAGGGACGCUGAUAAUGGCGGUUAAUUCUUUGAUCUAUCUCAAUCAAAGCAUCCCACCUUACGGAGUAUCGCUAAAUAGUCUUGCUGAAUGCAGUACUAAUUUUCCAUUGAAGCCGCAGGAAGGCGUUAAGAUGAGUCUGGAAGGCGCGCAAGUUGCUUUUAUAUCAACAGACCGGCUGGUAAUUUCAGUGAAAAGCGGAGAAUUGUAUGUCUUGUCUUUGUUUGCUGAUAGUAUGAGAUCUGUACGUGGGUUUCAUUUUGACAAAGCCGCUGCUAGUGUACUUACGACGUGUGUCUGUUUAUGCGAGGAAAGUUAUUUGUUUCUUGGUUCACGUUUAGGUAAUUCUUUGCUGCUACGGUUCACAGAAAAAGAAUCAGAGAACUUGCAAAAUUCCGAUGACGUUACGAUUAUAAAUGAAAGUGAAGAAGCGCCAGCGAAAAAACAAAAUUUUUUGGGCGACUGGAUGGCCUCGGAUGUGUCGGAAAUAAAAGAUCCAGAAGAACUUGAAGUAUAUGGAAAUGAAACUCAAACUUCUAUGCAAAUUACGUCGUAUAGUUUUGAAGUAUGUGAUAGUUUACUUAACAUUGGACCAUGUGGUAACAUUUCAAUGGGUGAGACAGCAUUUUUAUCUCCCGAAUUUUCUCAAAAUGUUGAUGUUGAUGUGGAACUUGUUACUACUUCGGGAUAUGGAAAGAACGGAGCGCUCUGCAUACUCCAACGUUCAAUAAGACCCCAAGUUAUCACGACAUUUGAAUUACCCGGUUGCCGAGAUAUGUGGACCGUAAUUGGGCCGCCGUCUUAUGACCAACAAAACCGAGAAAUUGAAAUAAUUCAUAAAUUUCUUAUUUUAAGUCACAGAGACUCGACAAUGAUCCUGCAAACUGGACAAGAAAUCAACGAAGUUGACCAAAGCGGGUUCAGUACCCAGAGUACGACAGUAUUUGCUGGUAAUCUUGGCAACAAUCGUUACAUUGUUCAGGUAAAUCCAAUGGGAGUUCGUUUAAUGCAGGGAACUAAUCAAAUUCAACAUAUGCCGCUUGAUUUAGGGUGUCCUAUUAUUUAUGCAAGUUGUGCUGAUCCCUAUGUUGUUUUACUCGCAGAAGAUGGACAAGUUAUACUGCUAACUCUUCGUGAAGUUCGUGGAUCACCUCGACUUCAUGCUGAUCCAGCGAAUUUACUCUUUCGUCCGCAGAUUGAUACACUCUGUGCUUACAGAGACGUCAGCGGUCUCUUUACGACUCAACUUCCUGACGAGGAGCCAGAAGCUCCAGAAGAAAAUAAAGACCCUGAGGAUUCAUCAGCAGCUAUGGUGGUUGACAACGAAGAUGAUCUACUUUACGGAGAUGUUCCUGCAUUCCAAAUGCCUCCAAUUUUGCCUGUCAAAGCACCCGAAGCACCAACUAAAAAAAAUCCAUGGUGGCAAAAAUAUAUGCAAGACAUAAAACCAACAUACUGGCUUCUAGUUUACCGGGACAGCGGCACACUAGAAAUUUAUUCACUGCCAGAUUUACAUUUGUCUUAUUUAAUACGUAAUUUCGGUCUCGGUCAGUCCGUUUUACACGACAGCAUGGAGUCCACGAAUAUUCUUUCGUCGUCAAUAAAUGAACUACCAAAUCCCGAGUCUCAAGUCCGUGAGAUAUUGAUGGUAGCACUUGGACAUCAUGGCAAUCGGCCGAUGCUACUGGUACGUUUGGAUAACGAGAUACAAAUGUAUCAGGCAUACAGGUAUCCAAAGGGUUAUCUUAAACUACGUUUUAAAAGACUGGAACACGAUAUUAUUCCCGGACAGACAUUUAUGAAACCAAAAGAAGAAGAUAUGAGACACGGUGAUGAAAUCCGCAGCUCAAUGAUGAGAUACUUCAGCAACAUCGCUGGCUACAAUGGAGUUUUUCUCUGUGGAGAUUAUCCUCACUGGAUAUUUCUAACAAGUCGUGGUGAACUGAGAACACACCCAAUGAGUAUUGAUGGCCCUAUAAGAUCAUUUGCUGCUUUCAAUAACGUAAAUUGUCCUCAGGGAUUUUUGCAUUUCAAUCGUAAAAAUGAGCUGAGGAUAUGCGUGCUACCAACUCACUUAUCUUACGACGCACCCUGGCCUGUAAGAAAAGUUCCUUUACGUUGCACACCCCAUUUUGUUACCUAUCACGCUGAAAGUAAAACUUAUUGUGUCAUUACCAGUACAUCCGAACCGUUAAAAAGUUACUACAGAUUCAAUGGCGAGGACAAAGAGUUCACUGAAGAAGAGAGACCUGACAGAUUUCUGUAUCCUAUUCAAGAACAAUUCAGUAUCGUACUUUUUUCACCGGUGUCUUGGGAAACAAUUCCCAAUACGAGAAUUGAACUAGAGCCAUGGGAGCACGUUACGUGUUUGAAAAAUGUCGCGCUGGCUUACGAAGGAACCAGGUCUGGACUCAAAGGUUACAUUGUCUUAGGAACAAAUUAUAAUUACGGAGAAGACAUCACCAGUCGUGGACGCAUACUGAUAUUUGAUAUCAUUGAAGUUGUACCUGAACCCGGACAACCUCUCACUAAAAAUAGAUUCAAACGAAUUUACGCAAAAGAACAAAAAGGUCCGAUCACUGCCAUCACUCAGGUUUCAGGUUUUCUGGUCUCAGCAGUAGGGCAGAAGAUUUACAUAUGGCAGCUUAAGGAAAGUGAUCUGAUUGGAGUUGCAUUCAUCGAUACCCAAAUAUACAUUCAUCAGAUGAUCAGCAUCAAGAGCUUGAUAAUAAUCGCUGAUGUCUACAAGUCAAUAAGUUUGUUGAGGUUCCAAGAGGAGUAUCGGACACUGUCAUUAGUCAGCAGAGAUUUCCGUCCUGCUGAAAUUUUCUCACUUGAGUAUUUGAUCGACAAUACCAACCUCGGGUUCUUGGUUUCCGAUGGAGAAAAUAAUUUAGCAUUAUUUAUGUACCAACCAGAGUCUAGGGAAAGUCUUGGCGGACAAAAACUAAUCAGAAAAGCAGACUUUCAUCUCGGACAAAAAGUAAACACAUUUUUCAGAAUUAAAUGCAGGACAACGGACAUAGCUGGCCAGAAAAAAGAAUUUGCUGGUGCUGAGAAUAGACAUGUUACUAUGUUUGCUACACUAGACGGCGCUCUUGGAUACGUUCUUCCAGUGCCGGAAAAAGCCUACAGACAUUUAUUGAUGUUACAAAACGUCCUGGUGACUCAUAUACAACACACUGGUGCAUUAAAUCCAAAAUCUUUUCGUACUUACAAAAGUUACGUACGAAUGCAAGGGAAUCCAGCACGUGGUAUAAUUGAUGGUGAUCUCGUUUGGAAAUAUCUACAACUUCCAAAUAAUGAGAAAGCAGAAAUAGCUAAAAAAAUUGGCACACGUAUGCCAGAAGUGAUUGAAGAUAUUCUUGAAAUAGACCGACAAACUGCGCAUUUUUAAUUUUAAGCGUCAAUUGUUUUAUUAACAAACGAUAAAUAAUUUUAUUUAUAAUUAUUGUAAUUAAACGUAUCAAAUAAAUUUCUCAUAGUAUUUUUAUAUUUAAUUAUAAGUACUAGGAAAUAAAGUGUAAAAUACUAG